AUGGAAAGGAGUUCCUCAUCGUACACCUCCGAGGCCCAAAGUCACUUGUUGUGUCUCUGUAACGUAGAGGCUCCACUGGUGACAUUGUGGACCGAGGAUAAUCCAGGGAGGCGUUUCUAUGGAUGUGGUCUAUACAAGGUUACAGGUAGGAAAGGGUGUAAUUAUUUUGAGUGGCACGAUCCAAUUGCCAACAUUCGUCAGAAGAAGAUCAUUGUAGCAUUGAUGAAGAAGGUUAAUGAAUUGAAGUUGAGGGAAAAGGAUUUGCAAAGCAAGAUCAAUGACAUGAAGAUGAAGGAAAAAAUUUUAGGGAUUGUUUUGGUUGUUUCUUGGGGGUGGGACAUGAUGAUUGUCUCUUCAAGUUCUGUCAAUAUGUAA